GGGGGAGGGGAUUUUUCUUGGUAAAUGGGUUUUACCGGUGACAGUGACAAGCAGCUAAAAUUGGCAUCAAGAUAUAGAUCUAGAAUCUAGAUCUAUAUAUUUAUCACGAAGUUGAUAACUUUGUUAUUAUAAAGCUUUUUCAAGAUGUAUGUGUGCAUCGCAAUAGUGUACAUGUUGCUGUUCAUUGACUUAUUAGCAGAAUCCACAAUGUCACCAACCUUAACCCUAGAUAAAGUGGAGUUUUUUAAAAACUGUGAACUAUGGUCACCAAUUUUCAUAGAUAAACUUUUGUGCUUUGGUGGAAAAGUGAGUUUUUUAAUGUCUUCAUCAGAGAUAGGUGAAGCUGUGCACAUCACUGUCACUUCUGCUGAUUCCAAAAUAACCAAUAUGUCAGCCCACAUCGCUUUUGAUGAUUGUCGGGAACUAUCACUUAAAACAAAAGUGUUGGAAGAAAUAGUUUGUGCAUGUACGUCUAAAGUUGGCAAUAAAUCUUUCACAUAUCUAUGUGCCAUGACAUUCAACACAUCUUACAGUGGAUCUAUAAUUAAUGCAUUUUUAGAGUACCUGAAUGGAAGUCAUGCAAAAGACGUUCUUCUGAAGUUACCAGCAAUCAACAAAGAAGAAUCUACUUCCUUACCAGAAUCUGAUAUUCCGACAAAACAAAAACUGGAAAAUUCAGAUACCUGGAAAUAUGUUAGCAUUGGUUUAUUUUUGCUUCUGGCUGCUGUUAUUGUAAUUUUCAUCAUUUGCUUUAUAUACCAACGGAGAACAAGCAAAAAGGAAAUUGAGAAAUGGCAAAAGCUAUCUAUAGUUAGAAAGGAUAAACUUACCAAACUAAAGAAGGAGCGUUGUUGUCCCAAUUGUCAAAAAGAAAAGGCUACCCUAGAAUCACAUAAUGAGUCAGAACAAUUUCUAGACCCUAUACAAGAUGCCAGAGCUAGAUAUCUGAACUCAAUGUUGACACAUUCAGAUGCUCUACAAGAACUUGGUCAUGCAGAUGACAGUUCAGACUCUGAUAGUCUUGAAAUUCCUAUGCAAGCACUAAAAGUACGAAUGUAGGCCCUUUUAGCAUUAAAAAGACAAAUAUAGUCAUCAACUGAGGCCAUUAUUACAGAAAUGAAAUUGACAUUAUUGAUAAUCAUUUGUAAAUGUCACAACGUGUGUUGUGGUGCCGGGGAUUUUACUUGAAUUAAAAUAGUUGAAUAAAUGACGAUCUAGGAUUCACAAUAAAAGAUUCUUUGUUAAAACACAACUCUGGAACUUUAUUUAAAUAUAAAACGUAAGUACAGCUUAUGUACAAGUUACAGAUCAGCAAGCACAAAAAAUAUUACAAAGGCUUUUAAAUUAGAGCUCUUAGGAAACGUGACUGUAUACUAGGACAUUCUUUCAUCGACUCUCGUUCUUUCUACUCUCGUCAAUUCUCUGGCGCUAACUCUUUUAAAAAAUGUCUUUAUUUAUUUUCAAAUCAACCAAUAGAUUUGCAACAUCGUAAUUACGUCUCGGGUAAAACCUGAGGUGCUGUCAAGGGUCUAGAUUUGUGAGGUAAUUCCUGAGGCUCAGUCAAGGGUUUAUAUUUCUAUUUACACACAAGCUUUUAAAUUUGAAAUAUACAAAUAAAUCUAUAAUGGCAUCUGUGACAGUAAAAUUGUCAUUAAAUUACAGUGGAGUUUAUUUAAUUUCAAGUGCCAGGUAGAAGGGAGUGAGCUCGAACUAAGAGUUGAAAAUAAAAAGAUAAUAUAAAUAUUCUACAUAAUUACUUUAAAUUUUAGAGAAGUUCUAAAAUGUGUUGGUAUUUCAUAUUUUAUGCUUGGUCAUAGUUUUUCAAUAUCAUUGACAAAGUUUUGCCAGAAUACAACAGCUUUGUGUGACAGUUUUUUAGUUUCAUAUUGUGUCCUUCAGCAAUGACUUUUUUGUUUAAAUUGUAAGAAAUGUUUUUGUAUUCUUCUAGAAAAAAAAAUGUAGUGAUGUAAUGAUACCAUACUUAUUAGAAAUUUAGAACAUUGCAAUAUAGCAAGUGAUGGUGAUAACAACAUAGUGCAAUGUUGUCUGUAUGUGAAAGAGAGGUUAAGUGGAAUAGUCAGUCAGCUAGUUUUUGUCCCUCACUAGGCACACCCAUCAUGACACACCCAUUGAUGCUGAUAAAACAUACUAUAUGCCAAUUUUAAAAAUUGAUUAAUAGCUAGUAUGUUGAAGGUUUGACUGCUGGCUUGUUAUGGUGUACAGGAAAAUUGUUGAUUAUUCAAAUUUUGACUUGCAAAUAGCUGACUUUGAAUUAGUAAUUUUUUAAAGUAAGAAAAAAAAAUUACAUUGAAAAGAAUUUGAAUUUAAUGAAACUUCUACUUAUGUGAGUUAGAAUUAUCUGGAUUCCACUGUACUUUAUUUGAUUUCAUUUUUUUUUUCUAUUAUGUUCUAUUAAAGUCUAAACAGUUGCUAAAUAAUUACAUGUAGGAACAUAGUAAAAUGUAUUCAUAUUCUUUGAUAUUUCUUUAACAUUUUACUUAAGAAUAUAGCAGUCUUCAAUUUUAAAAAAACUUAAUGGGAUAUUUAAUCUCAGACAAAAAUAUUUUUUGUACACUGAUGUUAUAGUCCUUCAGUUGUAUUUUGUUUUAAUUCUGUAUAAUCCUUUUUAAGAUAAGUAGAUUUGCAUCAAAGUUUUUUGUCCACACACCAAUAAACUUGGUUUUAACUUAUGCCAAGAAAUGAGGGGCAACUUUAAAAUGUUCGUUUGUUUGUAAAAAGUUUUACAUGUUUCAGAUGCUCCUUCAGCGUUGAUAAUUUACUUCCUAGUCCAAACCCCCUUGAAGAGGACGGGGGAUGGGAGUAGUCAGGGGUUGAUGGUCCAGUGUGCUAACCGCAUGACCCUUUCAUGUCACAUGCUGCUUCAUUGCAUCACAAAUCUUCAUAGACUGUAGGUACUAUAGUGGGCAGCAAAAUUUUUAAAUACAGAUUUUACAGUUACAGGUUAAACUUGUAACAACUGACUUGUCAGAAAACAGUGUCCGCUGACUUUAUAACAAUAAAAAUACUUAUUUGGUGAAUAGGUUACUAGAUCUUCUAAUGUUUCAAAUUCUUUUCAUGCAAAAGGAAUUAUUACUUUGUAUAUAUACUUAGCAUUACGAUCUAUGUAAAGACUGAUUAUUUUGGUGGAAUGAAUACUUGGCAGUAUAACCUUCUGCAUAAUAAUGAUAAAUUUGAACCUUGAAAUCUAAUCUUGUUGAUUCUUAUCUUUGUGAACAAAUCAAUAUGAGGCAUUCACAACUUCAAAAAAUAUUUUCGAUAUUAAAGAUUUUAAAAUGUGCAAUGUAUUUUUUAUAAUUAUCCAUGUAUUGAAAUAAUAACAGUAGUUUUUCAGUUAUUUUUUUUUAAAUCAGAUUGCAAUUUUUUUUUAAUUUUUAACUAGGACAUUUUUUUAUCUUCAUUAAUCAAUGUCACAUAUAGACAUCUUUUUAACAAGACCUGUUAAUAACCACAAAAAUCUUUUGAUCACUUUUCUCUUUUUUUUUUUCUCAAAUCUUAAGGGCACAAAUAAUUGUUGACCUCUGAGACAAAAAAGCAAUGCUGCCAACAAAUUUUUAAUAUUUUCAUUAUUGUAAAAAUGGAUAGCCAUUCACUUAGCUAAUGAUAUGACUAAGACUUGACUAUGUUUUGUAAAUAGUAUAGUGCACCGCCAUCUAAAAAGUUGACCACUGGAUCAUUUAGGAGAACUAUUUUGUCCAACAAAACUGCCAUAUUUUAAUUAAAUCUUCACAGCAAACAUCAGAGAUUUUCAUACAUUUUCAAACAUUUUUAAAAUGGAUAAUACAGAUUAUUAUUAUUAUUAAUAUUUAUAAUAAUCCAUCCAAAAAUUAACCAGUAAGCUAAUCAUUUAGUACCAAUUAAAUCCUGUAAUUUUCAUAUAAAUUGCAGUAAAUUGUGGUUCUUUCCCUGAAAUAAGCUUUGUUUUGUUUUUUUUUAUUAUUAUUUUCCUACUGCUUGUUAUUAAUAUUUUUACAAUUGUUUAUCUUUAAAUGUGUGUAGCUGAACAAAAUUGGAUGCGUUUUAAUUUGUUUUGUUUGUUUGGCGUCUAUAAAUCUUUUCAUCUAGGUAUCAGAAACUAUAUUCAUCUCCAUUGAAUGCGUUAAUGAAUGUUUCAAGAUAUGUUAAUAAAAAUUAUUUCUACUUUCCAAUGUAUACACCUAUAAACGGCCACUGUUAUUAGUUCUGUGUGGUCCGUUAAUUGUUUUAGAUCUAAAAAAAAAUGUUCUUGAAAAUCGAUUGCUUGUUCUGUUUAGAUCUUAAAAGUAUAAACAUAGGUAAAAUAAAAAAAAAGAUUUAAAGUCGGA